UGUGCUGAUCGUUUAUGUAAUCAGACUGAUAUCUGUUAUUCCUUCUAAGCUAUUUCACUCGUAUGUAUAUACGUACUUUCGUUCAGUCUCUUUUGAAACAGAACCAAUUUACUACGAAAAAGUGAAAAAAGAGAGAACAAACAAGUUAAAAUGAAUCGUGUACAAAAAUUGUUAUCUAGUAAACAAACUCGAGAUUAUUUAAUGAGCACACAUUUUUGGGGACCUAUAGCUAAUUGGGGUAUUCCUAUUGCAGCUAUUGCUGAUAUACGAAGAGAUCCAAAGUACAUCAGUGGCAAAAUGACACUUGCUUUGUGCUUGUAUUCAGCAAUGUUUAUGCGUUUUGCACUGAGAGUUGAACCACGUAACUUACUUUUAUUUGCGUGCCAUUUUGUAAAUGAAGGUGCACAGAUUACUCAAGGAUUUAGAUUUAUUAAAUAUCAUUAUGUAAAUAAAAAUGAAUAAUGAGUGAUAAUGAUA